CAUGGGAUGCUCAAAUAUUCCUGUACAGCGGUUGCACCCCAUCCAUCAUCACAUCAUCGCAUUUGGACACGAAACAGCUCAGCAUUCCAUUCCAUUACCUCAAUAAUUAUCACUGAUUCCUUCUCAAAAUGAGACUCCUGAACCUGGCCCUCAGUAUCAGCACCGGUGCGAUCUUCCUUCCAGCCAUUCUGCUCUUCAAAAAGCACUUAGUUUGCCAUGCGGAUGAAAGUAAGUCGCCGGUUCGUGUAGCCAUCAUCGGUGCUGGCAUAGGAGGGUCGGCCUCUGCCUUCUUCACGCGCGAACUUCUCGGAUCAAGCGCUGAGAUCGAUGUAUACGAAGCUUCUAAUCGUGUAGGAGGAAGGUUAGACACUGUGGAAGUCGCAGGGCAGAGAUUUGAAGCUGGAGGAUCUAUUAUACACUCGGCCAACCAACACAUGCAGAGUUUUGUGAGUGAGCUAGGUUUGAAAAAACUAGAGAGUAAUGAAAACUCAUCUCUUCUGGGUAUUUAUAAUGGAACAGCAUUUGUUUUCAUGGGAAGUAGAUGGAAAACUGUAAACUAUGCCAAACUGAUCUGGAGGUAUGGUUUUGAUCUUAUCACUAUGGACAACUGGAUAUCAAAGAUGUUAAAAAAGUUUGGCACAAUUUACACUCUUCAAAAUGAGGGGAAGUGCUUCACAUCAGUUCAAGAAUUGCUCAAAGCAAUGGGAGGGGAUGAGUUUAUAGCGAUGACAAAAACAACAACUAGAGAUGAGCUGAAAAAACUUGGAAUGAAGGACAGGACAAUUGAUGAACUUGUGACAACAGUAACAAGAGUGAACUAUGGACAAGAUACCUCGCUUAAUGCAUUUGCAGGUUCUGUUGCUCUAGCAGGUACUGGUGGGAGUCUGUGGGCUGUUCAGGGAGGUAACUACCAAGUCUGUGAAGGUCUUCUACAGAAAUCCCAGGUUACUCUCUACAAGGAAACAAAAAUCAAGGAGAUUGCCAAGAAUCCUGGGAAGAAAAGUCCUAUCUAUACCCUAACUAGUGACAAAGGAGUUCAAAAAUCCUAUGAUGUAGUUAUAAUUGCAGCCCCCCUGGAUAUUGAUACUUAUUACUUGUCUUGCCCCAAAUGUAGUAGCUGGCCAAAGCAAGGGAGCCCGGGGGCGUUCUGGCAAACAAUUGCUAACUUCUACUCAACUCCAAUUGACUAUAAACAUUUUGGACUAGCGUCGAUGGGCGAUGUUCCUGAAUUUAUAGGCACAACAAAAGACUCUAAGAAUUAUUUCAACUCUAUUGGUGCACAGUUUCCCGUAGACGGGGAUAAACCCAAAAUGAUCUCAGUCAGAAAAGUAUUUUCAAGAGAAUUACUCACAGCGGAUCAGAAGAGAGACAUUUUUCCCACAUGGAAAGAUGGUGACUCAAAGACAGUACCAUGGCUCGCCUACCCAGACCUGAAGCCUGCAGAGCAUUUUUCAUCCCUCGUUUUGGAUGACGGGGUGUUUUAUGUGAAUGCAAUCGAGCACGCUGCAAGUGCCAUGGAAAUGUCCGCUGUUAGCGCAAGGAAUGCCGCUCUUUUGGCAUCUCAGUAUGUCUCAAAAGCUCCCACCGGAACACAAGAAAAGGAGGAGUUGUAAUAGUUACUAAUUAUUCUCAAUGACCAGCAAAUAUUUGAAAAUGAUAAAUGAUUGAAUUUCAUUUCAAAUUCAUAUACGCGAAAGUAAGACAAAGGUUACAAGUCCUGGUAAAAAAAAUACUGCUAUAAAAGUGGCCUUAUUUCUAAGCUACGAAAACGUCCUCAGAAAUAUAUGUUAGCAGGCCAUUACCCAUGAUUUUUCUUGGGGGGUGCGAAAUCCAAAAAAAUGGACCUAAUUUUUCUGGGGGAGAUGGGGGGGGGAGGGAGUGAGUUUUUUGAUAAACAUCUGAACAAAAAGGGAUAUUUUAUGCCUUUGCAGUAUCUCCACGGGAAUUUUAUUGUCGAUUUGGCCACAAAUAAAGUCUGACUUAUGGAUUAAUGACAAACCAGAGUGAUCUAGCUUAUGCUUUAUAGUUACUUUUUACUUUUUCGCUAAAUUGAAACUGGAGGAAUUUUUUCCUAAAGAACUUGUAGGUGAGCGAAUUGUAAAAUGCACUUGAAAAGAGACAAAUAUAGUGACAGGUCUGUGGUUACCUGCAAAAUGUAAAUUUUUGUCAAACAGACAAAAAAAGAUGUCGAGCUUGUAAGCAA